AAAUUUAGCACAGCCACGCCUUGCUCUCUUCUUUUCAUCUCAUGGCAACUCCUGUAAUUGUCGGUGUUGGAGCUAUCACAGCUGCUCUCGUUGGUCGACAUCUUGUACGCAAUGGCAUUAUUGGAAAGCGGGCAGCAGACCAGUGGGUUAAGGGUGGUUUUAAAGCGAAAAUGGACCGCAAGGAGGCUAUUGCGAUUCUUGGGCUAAAGGACGGCGUAACACUACGAAACAAGUUGAAAGAUGCCCACCGUCACAUUAUGCUCGCAAACCACCCUGACCGUGGGGGCUCUCCAUACUUGGCGAGUAAAAUCAACGAAGCCAAAGACCUGUUAGACAAGACAGAUGGAAAGUCGAGAUAACUUUUAAAUUCUCUUACGUUGGUUACUCACUAUACCGUCUACUCUGUAUUUCUAUCUCUAUAUAUCCAUCAUAAUGAAUAUCAUCACUCACUCCUUUAAAUGGUCCUGGCUCGCUAUACUACCUGCCGUCUGAUUCUGCUUCUUAGAAUUCCUUCACAUAUUUAUCAAGUAUCGAGACAACCACCUUGUCCUGUUGACCGGCUUACUAAGCAGCUUCAUUCUGUGACGAUUGGUUAACAACUUACUUCAAUUCCAAGAUCAGUCCUAAAAACGUUAUGGAUACAUCAGAGCUCGAGCCUUCAAAGCUCGGUACGAAAGAACA